AUGGACUCGUCCUGCCCGCUCUCCAGAGGCUUACGGAAACGUUGGGAAACGUUGGGAAACGUUGGUCGAGCUUUGGAGAGUCUAGAAAACGUUCGGAGAGAUUUGGGAGCGCUCGGGAAAGGCUCGCAGAGCUCCGUGGGCCGCUUCGGAAACGUUCGGAGAGCUCAGGCGGCUCUUCGGAACCGUUCGGGAAGCGCUCGGGCGUUUCCGCCCGGCCGUUCGGGCGUUUCCGGCGGGCGCCGGGGCGCUGCCUCAGGGCGGGCGCCAUUUUGUGUGUCCGCCCGCGGAGCGCGGGGCGCGGGCGGAGGAGCCGCCGGGCCGAGCCCCCCGCGCCGUUCAGUGACUGUGCCCCUCGUUCUCCACCCCCCCGCCCGUUGCCCAUGGCCGUGGAGAGCUCGAGUGUCCCCUGCCGCCGCCGCCUCCCCCAGCCCGCACUGCACCCCCUUCUCCGUCCUGCCACGGCAGCUGCAGCCUCCCUGGCCGCCGCCGCUGCUCCAGCACGGCCCGGACGAAAGGGAGGAUGGGGAGCUGGAGGAGGGGGAGCUGGAGGACGAUGGGGGGGAGGAGGAUCAUUCCCAAUCCCAGGAAAGAGGCCGGAAGGAGAAGGGGGAGAAGCACCACAGCGACUCGGACGAGGAGAAAUCCCACCGCAGGAUGAAGAGGAAGCGCCGGAAAGAGAAGGAGAAAAGGAGAUCCAAGAAAAAACGCAAAUCCAAGCACAAGCGGCACGCCUCGUCCAGCGAUCGACUUCUCCGACUCAGCGACGACUCGAAUACAGCCCGGCCGAGAAGGGACACCGCAAUUAUUGGGAAUAUUUGGAAUGGGAAUACAGGCCCCCUGUUCUGGCAGUUAUUGGGAACACUGGGAAUUCAGCCCUUCCUGCUCCUCUGGGGCUACCUGGGAAUAACUGGCAUAGCUGGGACUCCCUGGGAAUUCCAGGAAUAG